AUGUCGACUUUAUCAAACAAGAAAGAAGUAAUCCAAGCUGAUAACGAGAUUGAUAAACAAAGCCUUGAUAAUGGAGCACUUGAAUCUUCAUUCCAAUUCUCCGCUGCUGCAGAGAAGAAGUUGGUUCGGAAGAUUGAUUUGAUGAUUCUCCCAAUCAUGGUCUUUGCAUAUAUGCUGGCCUUUCUUGAUAAACAAGCCUUGGGCUACACGGCGCUCAUGGGAAUUCGGGAGGAUCUGCAUCUUGUAGGUUCUCAAUAUAACUGGUCGUCAAGCAUAUUCUAUUUUGGCUACUUGUUUUUCUCAUAUCCCGCAUCUCUUUUGAUGGUCAAAUUCCCACUAGGGAAAUAUCUUGCUACCAGUUUUAUGCUUUGGGCCAUCGUUCUGGCUUGCCAUGCUGCAUGCACCAACUUCAAGGGUAUUAUGAUAGCCCGGUUCUUCCUUGGAUGUACAGAAGCCAGCCUCUCACCAGGUUUCACUCUGAUCACAUCGCUGUGGUAUCGAACAUCCGAGCAGCCACUCCGUCAUGGUAUUUGGUUUUGUGGAAACUCGAUUUCUCUCAUAUUUGGCAACUUGAUUGCCGUAGGCAUCCUACAAAUUAAAAGUGCCCUCGAGGCAUGGCAGUGGCUGUUUAUCAUCUUCGGACUCGUAACAUUUCUCUGGGGAGUCGUGAUGUUAUUCCGUCUCCCCGAUUCCCCGACUACCGCUAGCUUCCUCACGGAUGAAGAAAAGCUUAUCGCAGUGGAACGCCUGAAAGCUAACCAAACAGGCUACAAGACCACAAAUAUCGAUGGCUCUCAAAUGUGGGAGGCAUUUAUCGAUCCGAAGACCUGGCUUCUUGCGGUCUUGAUAUUAGCUUCCAACAUUCCAAAUGGCGGAUUUACAACUUUCAACGGGUUGGUAUUGAAAGGUUUUGGCUUUUCAACUUUCCAUACCCUCUUGCUUGGUAUUCCAGGUGGUGUGAUCGUGUUUAUUUUUGUGCUUUCAUCCGGAAUCAUUUCUUCGAAGGUCCCUAAGACCCGUUGUCUUGUGAUGGUUGGGUGCAAUAUUAUCAGUAUCAUUGGUAGCGCUCUCGUCUAUGCGACCACACCAGUUGGUUCUCGAUAUGCAGGUCUCCUCCUCAUGGGAAUAUACUCUGCAGCAAUGCCUGUCUCAAUGGCGAUGAUUAGCUCCAACAUUGCAGGAUUCACCAAGAAGGCUACCGUCAGUGCUAUUUAUUUCAUCAUGUACUGCACCGGCAACAUCGUUGGCCCGCAGUUAUUCUUUGAGAAAGAGGCACCAAAAUAUCAGAGUGGCUUUCUUGCAAUCAUCAUAUGCUUGGUGAUCUGCGUGCUCGAUUGCUUACUUCUCUUGUUCCAUCUUAGAUGGACAAAUAGCCAACGCGAUAAGAAGUUAGUGGUGGAAGUGGAAUCUCAACCGCACGAGAAAAAUGCGCAGCCUGGAGCUCAGUUGCUGGACACUACAGACUUGAAGAACCAGAGUUUCCGAUAUGUUUAUUAG